UGAGUCGACUCUUCAGCUGCCAGAAUCUUUAACCGGUCCUGUGCCGUAAUCUCCAUGUACUGUAUGUGAGUGGAAAGGAAUUUUUUUUUUUACAAAACUUACCUGCUUUUGACAGUCUGCUGUGAGAGGAGUCUUCACCGGAGUGCAUGAUAGGUGUUGAAAAAUGAUUCUUAUUUAACUUUAUCACGUUGGCUUCAGCUCAGUGACAAGGGAACAGCACAAGAUUAUUUGGCUUGUGCUGUGUUGAGUCCACCAUCAUCACCGACCUCAGAAGAGGCCAGCAGGAUCCCUUUUUGCUUCGUGAGCAGAUCUCUCCGGUAUCAGUCAACCAGCCGCCGUCAACGCUUGCAUCGUUAGCUGAACCCCUUGGUGAGGGAGGGUCCACCUGAAGGAGUCAUGUUUCGCCCGGGUUUGUAAUGUCCGAGCCCUGCAACAGACCCGGACCAGUCCAAGAACGGGGGCGGAUUCGUCGAGACGUGCCCCGCUUUGUGAUUGGCUGUGAAGAGGAUGAGCAAGACAUGGGCCAAAUGGAGGCUGGCAUGAAGAACGAGAUGCUUCAUCAGGACGACAUGGAGGUGUAUGAAAAUGAAUCGCCGUCAGAGCGACAGAUCGUUGUGGGCAUAUGUGCCAUGGUGAAGAAGUCCAAAUCGAAGCCCAUGACUGAGAUCCUGGAGAGGCUCUGUAAAUUUGACUACAUCGAUGUCGUCAUCUUCCCUGAGGAGGUGAUCCUGGAGGAACCUGUGGAGAAGUGGCCGCUCUGCGACUGCCUCAUCUCCUUCCACUCCAAAGGUUUUCCUCUUGACAAAGCUGUGGAAUAUGCUAAGCUCAGGAAUCCAAUGCUCAUCAAUGAUCUCAACAUGCAGUAUUUUAUUCAAGACAGGAGGGAAGUGUAUCGGAUCCUUCAGGAAGAGGGCAUUGACCUGCCUCGCUACGGAGUGUUAAACAGGGACCCUGACAACCCUGAAGAGUGCAACCUGGUGGAGGGGGAGGACCAUGUGGAGGUGAACGGGGAGGUGUUCCCUAAGCCCUUUGUGGAGAAGCCUGUGUGUGCGGAGGACCACAAUGUCUACAUCUACUACCCAACGUCUGCUGGGGGAGGCAGCCAGAGGCUCUUCAGAAAGAUUGGAAGUCGCAGCAGUGUCUACUCCCCAGAAAGCAACGUGCGAAAAACUGGAUCAUACAUCUACGAGGAGUUCAUGCCGACUGAUGGCACCGAUGUGAAGGUUUACACGGUGGGCCCAGAUUACGCCCACGCUGAGGCCAGGAAGUCUCCGGCCCUGGACGGUAAGGUGGAGCGAGACAGCGAGGGCAAGGAGAUCCGCUUCCCCGUCAUGCUGACCGCCAUGGAGAAACUGGUGGCUCGCAAGGUCUGCCUCGCCUUCAAGCAAACUGUGUGUGGAUUCGAUCUGCUGCGAGCCAACGGCCAUUCCUACGUCUGUGACGUGAACGGCUUCAGCUUUGUGAAAAACUCCAUGAAGUACUACGACGACUGCGCCAAAGUCCUGGGGAACAUGGUGAUGAGAGAGUUGGCCCCCCAGCUGCACAUCCCCUGGUCCAUCCCCAUGGAGGCUGAAGACAUCCCCAUCGUCCCGACAACCUCAGGAACCAUGAUGGAGCUGCGCUGCGUCAUCGCCAUCAUUCGUCAUGGAGAUCGGACCCCAAAGCAGAAGAUGAAAAUGGAAGUCCGUCAUCCUCUCUUCUUUGAGUUGUUUAAGAAGUAUGGAGGAUACAAGACGGGCAAGCUAAAGUUAAAAAAGCCAAAACAACUGCAGGAAGUGCUGGACAUCGCCCGCCUGCUGCUGGUCGAACUCGGUCAGCACAACGACUGCGAGAUUGAGGAGAAGAAAUCCAAACUGGAGCAGCUCAAGACAGUGUUGGAAAUGGAAUCCAGCUUGAAUGUGAAUCAGUACGGCCAUUUCUCUGGAAUCAACAGGAAGGUCCAGCUGACCUACCUUCGAAACGGCCAGCCUAAAGCCUCCAGCGAAGAAGAAGACUGUAAGAAGGACGGCCCGUCCCUGCUGCUGGUGCUGAAGUGGGGCGGGGAGCUGACGCCCGCUGGCCGGGUUCAGGCCGAGGAGCUGGGCAGGGCCUUCCGCUGCAUGUACCCUGGAGGUCAAGCCCGUAAUCGCCGGUCCCCUGGCUGCGAGUCCCCUGUUGACUUUGGUGACUUUGCGGGGUUUCCUGGCUGCGGCUUGCUGCGUCUGCACAGCACUUACCGCCACGACCUGAAGAUUUAUGCCUCUGACGAAGGCAGGGUUCAGAUGACUGCUGCGGCGUUUGCCAAGGGCCUGCUGGCUCUGGAGGGCGAGCUGACGCCCAUCCUGGUUCAGAUGGUGAAGAGCGCCAACAUGAACGGACUCCUGGACAGCGACUCUCUGACCGACUGCCAGCAGAAGGUGAAGGCCAGACUACAUGAGAUCAUGCAGAAGGACCAAGAGUUCAUCCAAGAUGACUUUCAGAAGUUGGCCCCGACCGGCAGUCCAUCCCUGGUGAACUCAAUGAAGGUCAUAGAGAAUCCAGUCAAAACCUGCGACAAGGUUUACGCGCUCAUUCAGAGCCUCACCUCACAGAUUCGAAAGAGACUGGAGGACCCCAAAUCCGCAGAUUUGCAGCUGUACCACAGCGAGACGCUGGAGCUGAUGCUGCAGCGCUGGUCGAAGCUGGAGAGGGACUUCCGCAUGAAGAACGGCCGCUACGACAUCAGCAAGAUCCCGGACAUCUACGACUGCAUCAAGUACGACUCGCAGCACAACGCCUCCGUCGGCCUGGAGGACACGUUGGAGCUCUUCAGACUGUCCCGCGCUCUGGCCGACAUAGUCAUCCCACAGGAGUACGGCAUCAAUAAAGCGGAGAAGCUGGACAUCGCUCAGGCGUACUGCGUCCCUCUGAUGAAGAAGAUCUACCUGGACCUGCAGAGGACCCACGAGGAAGAGGCCGUCAACAAGCUGCAUCCUCUGUAUUCCCGCGGAGUGAUGUCUCCUGGUCGCCACGUUCGCACACGACUCUACUUUACGAGCGAGAGCCACGUCCACUCCUUGCUCAGCAUGUUUCGCUAUGGAGGACUGCUGGAUGAGGUGAAGGACCAGCAGUGGAAGCAGGCGAUGGACUACCUGAGCGCCGUGACUGAACUCAACUACAUGACGCAGAUCGUCAUCAUGCUGUACGAAGACAACAACAAGGACCCGUCCUCGGAGGAACGUUUCCAUGUGGAGCUCCACUUCAGCCCGGGGGUCAAAGGGUGUGAAGAUGAGGAGAACGUGCCGCUGGGCUUUGGUUUCCGACCCGCCUCAUCAGAGAAUGAGGACAAAAAGCCCAAUCAGGGAAGCCUGGAGGAUCUUUCCCAGGAUCAGACGGACGACGCUCUUCCGGUCACAGAGCUCAUCAACCUGCAGAGGCGCUCUCCGAUGAUUCGCAACCGCAAGACGGGUUCUAUGGAGGUCCUCUCUGAGACGUCGCCCAACCAUUCUUCCAAAGGCUGCACAUCCCACCGGCUCUUCCAGUCGUGUUCCCGCCAGUCUCCUGAGAUUAAACCAGCCGGAGGCCUAGGCUCACUCUGUUCUGGCCUCUUCAGUGCCUCAGCCCUCGGGGUGUCCUCUAGCGCCCCCAACUUGCGGGACUACGUCCGCACCCAUCACCACCACCACCACCACCGAAAACCUCCUCUGUCCCCUGGCAGUCUGCCGUGCAAGAUUGGCAUGUUCGAACUGCUCUCUAUGCCGGCAGUAAAGAGGUUUUCUGUGUCGUUUGCCAGGCAUCCGACCAAUGAGCCCUCAGAUGAACUCGCUGAGCUGGCGCUGCAAGGGUUUGACCCUGUCGCCCUGGACAGGUCCUUCUCCUAUCACCUGCAUCACUGCCCCUACCACCUGCGCCUCCUCAGGACCCAGCUGAUGUGCAGCCUGGAGCUCUCCGACUGUCUCCACGGGUUCGAAGGCUGCUCUAUGGUGCCCUCUAUCUACCCGCUGGAGACGCUGCACAACUCUCUCUCCCUGAAGCAGGUGGAGGAGUUCCUCAGCAAGGUGUGCGAGAGCAGCGGGGAGGCCCAGGCCAAAACCAUGAAAGCUGUUUCUGGUUUGUUUGACUCUCAAAGUCAGACGUCUCUCUACAGCCCUCAGCAGCCUCUGUCUUCCUCCGGAUCAGAGGCGUCUUUCCGUCCGCCGGCCCAGCCUCUGUGGCACGGCAGGAUCCCGUCCAGCGCCGUGUCCAGCGCGGGCCCCUCGUCCCCGACCACAGACGGCUCCAACCUCGGCCUCAACUUCAGCUUCAGCGAGUAGCUCCGCCUCUCCGAGCGACCAGAAAACCACGGCGCCGCUGAGGAGGCCGUGCGAAGGAUGUGUCAAGAGUUUUACAUUUUAAACCGGAGCCGUUGGGCUCUGACCCGUCCUCCGGUUUGGUGACACAUUUCCACUGAGGAACGCUCUGAGCGCGUCACACCAGCCUUCACGCACACGUGUGCCUUACAAACGUUUUUCAGUGCCGUCGCGUCAAGUGCCUGCUUACUUUUUUAAAAUUAUUAUAAUUCCAAAUUUACCAAAUACGUCGAGCUAAAAGGCUUUAAACAUUUUUUUGUAUUCUGUGCCGUCAUUGCCAUGAGGCAAGAGAACUGCCUGCCUCGCCUCGAUUCUGUUCUCUGCCGUUUCUGAUCGAUCCUCAGCACACGA